AUGUUCACAAAACUAUCAUCAUCAUCAACAAUGGCCUAUCCUUCACCAUUAAUCUUAGCAGUAGUAUUGUUCGUAGCCCUUUUUGUUUCUUCAGCCUUUUCUAGACAUGCACCACCCCCACCGGACAUAACCUCAUUGUGUGCACAAACUCCAGACCCAGAAACAUGUGAAAAUUCCUUCAUUCAGAAUUCUAAAUAUUACUUUAGCUCUAGUGAUCAUCUCACUAACCAAAAGCUGAAUCUAAAUGUGUUAGGUCUAAUCUCCAUCCGUCUAGACCUACUCGUCCCGACCGCCUCGCGAGCCGCAGAUGACACACUCAACAUAGCUUCCAACGUUAAACCAUCCCACCGUGCAAAAACUGCAUGGAACGACUGUGCUAAGCUUACUAAAGCCUGUGUCCGAGAUUUGCUCGACAUCGGCGAUCCUCGCGCCACACGCUGCGCGGCUGAUGUAGAAGCGCGCCUCAGCGCGGCUCGAACUCGGCUCGAUACCUGCCAUGAUGGAUUAAAGGAAGCUGGCCAGGGAGGAGAUUCCCUUUUGCCUUCCACAAUUAACAUUGUUAUCACCUUGAUCAGCCAAGCUUUAGCUUCAAUAGUCAAAGUUCACCCAAUCAUUGGACCCACUAAUCGUCACAAAGGCAGUUUCCCGACAUGGGUAAGCCCCCGUGAUCGGAAACUUUUGCAAGCGCCUGCACCGCCAACAUCUCCAGUUACGACGCCGCCAACAACACCGUCAGCGCCACCACCAAAUACAUUAACACCGCCGCCACCACCACCACCACCACUAACACCAACUACUAAUAAUAUUGUGGUUGCUAAAGAUGGAACUGGGCAUUUUACAACCAUUGGUGAAGCUGUGGCUUAUGCUUCACUAGUAAGCAAUGGUUUAUCAAGAAUAGUGAUAUACAUCAAGGGUGGAGAAUACGUGGAGAAUGUGGAAAUUACAAGGGAUGCCAUGAAUAUUAUGUUUGUUGGAGAUGGUAUCGGAAACACCAUAAUUACUGGAAGUCGAAGCGUUGGCGGUACCCCGGGGAUGACGACUUUUCAAUCAGCUACAGUUGGCUUUUCAAGGCAACAUCCUCCAAAAUCAGACAUAAAAUCAUGGUGUGCAGAAACUCCACACCCAAAAACAUGCGAAUACUUCUUCACCCACAGCCCUAAAUACAGCUCUCCCAUCAAAGGCAAACCCGAUUUCCUCAAAAAAUCUCUCCUCAUCGCCCUCGAGCGCGCAGUGCGCGCCGCGGCCGAUACCUACCGCCUUGGCUCCAAGUUGAAAAAUCCCCGAGAAAAGGCUGCAUGGUACGACUGCCUUGAGCUGUACGACAUCGCGAUCCAAAACAUGAACGAAAUCGUCAAUCCUCACACCAAAUGCAGCGACAAAGAUGCACAAACCUGGCUCAGCACGGCGCUAACGAACAUCGAAACAUGCAAACAAGGGUUCACGGAAGUCGGUGAAGCCGACUACAUGUUACCAACGUUGUCGAGUGACAGCUACAACGUUAGUAGUUUGAUUAGUAACACUUUAGCCGUGAACAAUGUGCCUUUCAGCGAGCCGAUUUACCAAGGGGGUUUCCCGAACUGGGUAAGUCCCGGCGACCGGAAACUCCUCCAGGCUGGAGCAGUACCGUCUCCGGUUGUAAUAAUCAGGCCGAAUUUCGUGGUUGCCAAAGAUGGUUCAGGAAACUUUACCACGGUUGGUGCGGCUGUGGCGGCGGCUUCGAAGAUUGCGAACAAUGUUACCAGAACGGUGAUUUACAUUAAAGCUGGGACGUAUUCGGAGAGUGUGGAAAUUGGGAAGAAAGUGAGGAAUAUUAUGUUUGUCGGAGACGGUAUUGGGAAAACCAUAAUUACUGGAAGCAAAAGUGUCGCCGGUAGCGGUACCACAACUUUCCGAUCAGCUACAGUUGCUGCAGUUGGUCCCGGAUUCAUUGCACGUGGGAUCACAUUCAGAAACACGGCCGGUCCACAAAACCACCAAGCCGUAGCUUUCCGUUCAGAUUCCGAUUACUCGGUAUUUUACCAAUGCAGUUUCGAAGGCUACCAAGACACACUUUACGCCCACUCGAACCGGCAGUUUUACCGGGACUGUAACAUUUACGGAACCGUAGAUUACAUCUUUGGAAACGCCGCAGUUGUGUUCCAAAACUGUACCCUUUACUCAAGAAACCCGCCAAACAAGAUCAACACAAUCACAGCCCAAGGCAGGAUCGACAAGAACCAGAACACCGGGAUUUCGAUACACAAUUCCAGGAUUCUCGCUGCCCCGGAUUUGGCUCCGGUUCAAGGGUCGGUGAAAACGUAUCUUGGAAGGCCGUGGAAACAGUAUUCCAGGACCGUGGUUAUGAAGAGUUAUAUGGGUAGCUUGAUUGACCCGGCUGGUUGGUUACCUUGGAAUGGAGAUUUUGCUUUGAGCACUUUGUAUUACGGGGAGUAUGCCAACACCGGGCCGGGUUCCGCAACCGGAGGGAGAGUCAAAUGGGGCGGAUAUCGUCCGACAAUGACUCCGGCUGAGGCAUCAAAAUUCACGGUGACCGGUCUCAUUGGUGGAAGCUCUUGGUUGCCAGGCACCAACGUAACUUUCAAUUCGGAUCUAUGA